AUGACGAACGAUCUUCGUGAGCUGGAGAAGCAGGAUCGCAACAUCCGGAAGACUUUGGAAGGGAUGCAGUACUUCGUCGAACAUUACAGCCCUGACCUAGUCGAUCAAGUGGCGAUUCGUCUUCAGCGAUUGGAGGAAGUUUUUCAGGAGUUUCAUGCGGUUCGUCGAAAGAUAGAGCUGUUAACAGAAGAUGUGUUCUCCGAAGACGAAGAAGAAGUGGACCAGAAGGAAACCAAGGAACAGCGAAAGGCUCGUAUUGCCGGCGUGAUUCAAGCGAGGGAAGAAGCGAACGUUAAGAUCAUGAUGAAGAUCGAGAACGUCUACUACAAAAUCAAGGCUGCCCUCACCCGAUUGCUACCCAAAUCGACCCCCGUUGCUGCUGUAUCCGGUGUUCAACCCCCACCAGCAGCCGCUCCAGCUGUUUCGAGAGUGAAGCUCCCAGAAAUCCGACUGCCGGGCUUCGGUGGACAGCUGAGAGAGUGGGUCACAUUCCGUGACACGUUUCGUAGCUUGAUUCACAACAACCAACAGUUGUCAGCUAUGGACAAAUUCACAUACCUGCGAUCGUCGUUAACCGGAGAGGCUCUCCAGGAAAUCAACUCUGUGGAGAUGACCGAAGCGAACUACGACGUAGCCUGGGUAGCAUUGGAGCGCAGGUACGAGAACAAGAAGCUGAUCGUCAAAGCCCAUUUGGAUUCACUAUUCUCGGUGGAGGCGAUGAAGAAGGAGAGCUACGAGUCGCUGAGCAAGCUGAUCGGCGACUUUGAGAAAAACCUGUUGAUGCUGGACAAGAUAGGAGAGAACACGGCGAAUUGGAGCACCAUCCUGGUGUACAUGAUCUGCUCGCGAUUAGAUCCGGCCACUCUCAGACAAUGGGAGGCACACCAUAAAUCAAAUGCGGUUCCGACGUACGCGAAUUUGAUCCAGUUCCUUCGUGAGCAUUGUUCUGUACUCCCGUCAAUUGCGCCGAGUAAUUCCAUUCCUGUCCAAGAAAAGCGUUCGAUGGUUGGCGUGAGCAAUGCUGCAGUUCAGUCGUGGAACAAGUGCCUCUACUGUCGAGAAUCGUUCCAUUCAGCGUUCCGUUGCUUCAAGUUCCUGAAGAUGAAGGUUCCAGAACGUCUCGACGUGGCUCGGCGGAGUAAAGUUUGCCUGAACUGUCUAACUGCUGGACAUUAUGCGAAGUCGUGUACGAAGGGCUGCUGUCAUCACUGCCAGCAGAAACAUCAUUCCCUGUUGCGCACUGAUUCAAGCCAGCAGUCACCUCCACCUGUCAAAUCCUCCGUCCCGUCGCAGAAGAAACCUCCAUCGUCAAACCAGCAGCAACACCAAACACAACCACACACCAGUAGCCAUUCCACACCAACCCAGACCAUUACACCGUCCACAAGCGCUCUCCCUGUUACUCACUCGCCAAACACUCAACCACUGCACACCACAAAUCAGACAUGCACAAGCCAGAACUCCGUUUCCCUCUCAGUGAGCAACCGUACCGGAGACGUCCUUCUCUCCACUGCCGUGGUCUCUGUCAAGGACCAGUACGGUGCGACACGACUAGCCAGAGCUUUGCUAGAUUCGUGCUCGCAGUUCUGUUUCAUGACCACCAAUUUCAGUCAAAAACUGAAACUCCGUGGAUUUCCCGAUCACUUGACUGUUCAAGGAAUCGGAGGUUCCAAUUCAGUAUCCCGUAGACGAGUGAACGCUCGGAUCCUUCCCCGGUCCGGUGAUAUUUCGUCCUACAACGAGGACAUGUCGUUCUACAUUCUACCGGAGUUGACAGCCUCUCUGCCAGUCCAAAGGGUCAACGUCGGUCAAUGGAAGCCGCCAUCCAGCAUCGUGUUGGCCGAUCCACAGUUCUGUGAGCCCGGGCAGUUCGACAUCAUCAUCGGUGCCGAGUAUUUCUACGAUCUUCUCACCGAAGGACGAAGCAAGAUUAGCGAGGAGGGACCAACUCUGCAGAAUACUGUCUUCGGUUGGAUUGUUUCAGGACGCAUUCCUGAUCAACCAGUGAGUCCAACGCAAGCAGUUUCGUUUUCUUGCACGCUAGCGGACAUCCAGGACCAGCUAGCACGCUUCUGGGAGUUGGAGUCCUGCAAGUCCAGUAGCAUCCAGUCGGUAGAAGAAUCAACGUGCGAGACCAUCUUCGACGAGACAACAACUCGGGAUAGCAGUGGCAGAUUCAUGGUGUCGUUGCCGAAGAAGGAGUUCGUCAUGCAGCAGCUUGGCGAAUGUGAAACGAUUGCCACUAAACGUUUCUUAGCCUUGGAACGACGACUAGAAGCCAACCCCGAGCUGAAGACUCAGUAUCAUCAGUUCAUCCGUGAAUAUGAGCAGCUUGGCCAUAUGAAGCAGGUGGACAGUGAAGAUCCAGACUUUCCCAUCUACUUCCUUCCGCAUCACGCAGUGUUGAAGUCAGACAGUACCACGACGAAGCUGCGGGUAGUAUUCGACGCAUCCUGCAAAACGUCCACAGGAGUCUCGUUAAACGAUGCCCUGAUGGUCGGACCCGUCGUUCAGGAUGACCUGCUGGCGAUUCAACUGCGUUUCCGUCUUCACCGAAUAGCCGUCGUCGCAGACGUGGAGUAA